AUGGCAACAGGCACCAAUAAGAAGAGUAUACGGAAUGACAAUGUAGAGUGGUUCACGCCCACGGAGUUUGAAAUCAGUGGAGGCCGUAAAAGAUCCAAGAAGUGGAAGGAAAGCAUACGUUGCUAUGAAUGGACCCUGAAAGAAUUGAUAGAGAAAGAAUUGCUACCGAACCCACCAAAGAAAAAGAGAAAGCUGGAAAAUUCACAACAGUGUACGGUGUGCAGCCAAGGCCGGAACUUGUACCCUUGUGGUAGUUGUGGGAAAUUCUAUCAUGAAAAAUGCCACAUCCCACCUGUGGAAGACGAGAGUGGCCCAUGGAGCUGUGUCUUCUGCAAGAUAAAGGAUCAGGCAAAGUGCCAAGAAAAUCAAGCAUGCCAUAAAGAAUCUGAGGUCCUGAAGAGGAAGAUGUUGCCUGAGGAGCAGCUGAAAUGUGAGCUGCUUCUCUUGACUGUCUAUCAGGAACCAAAAUGUUGCUUUUUUAUCAGCAAACCAAAGCAAAGUAAAGAAGACUUUCCAGACCUCAAAGAACACAUGUGGUUAAACAAAGUCAAGAACAGGCUGAACAAGAAGGCAUACCAUUCAGUAAAGCAUUUUGUUGCGGACAUGCGCCUCAUCUUUCAUAACCACAGCAUAUUUUAUAAAGAUCAGAGGUUUGGCAAUCUUGGAGACACAACAAGAAAACUAUUUGAGAAGAAUUUCAAAAGAAUUUUUUCAAUCAAGAAAACAAGCAAACAACUUCAACCAUGUAAGCAAACUGUUUUGUUUACAUAG